ACACACACACACACACACACACACACACACACACAGAGCCGAACAAACUCUGAUAAUCAUGAGAUUCUCAACGGGUUUGUCGAUCUUGGCCUUGGCUGCCUCGACUGUCUCAGCAAGGGGUCGCAGUCCUCACUGCGUGUGUUGCUCUGCCCUUGCCCAAGAUCAAGACCUUCAAGGCAAGGUCUACUCUAAGGACAACUCAUUCUACGAUGCGCGGUUAGAGACAUACUACUCUGCCAAUGCUGCUCAAGCCCCAUGGUGUAUGGUGUUGCCUGAGAGCACCUCAGAUGUGACAAAGAUUGCAAAGAUCUUGAACAGGAACCAAUGUCCCUUUGGCAUCCGGAGUGGCGCCCACUCAGCCUUCACAGGAUCUAAUGGUGUCAAGAAGGGUGUCACCAUUGACUUUGGUUACAUGAACACCACGACAUACGAUGAAGGGACAAAGAUUGCUUCGAUCCAGCCCGGCUCAGACUGGGAAAGGGUCUUCUCUACCCUUGACCCCUAUGGUGUUGCUGCUGUUGGUGGUAGAGCGUCAGUUGUCGGUGUUGGUGGUUUCAUAACGGGUGGUGGCUACUCCUUCCACACCAACUCUCAUGGCUUUGCUUGUGACUCGGUCACCAACUUCGAGGUUGUCCUUGGGGAUGGUUCAGUUGUGAACGCCAAUGCGAACGAGAACGCGGAUCUCUGGAAGGCCCUCAAGGGAGGCUCAGGAAAUUUUGGCUUCGUCACUAGAAUCGAUGCUCGCACUGUCGACUCUACACAGAUGUCAGGUGGCUUCGUGAGCUACAAUCUCACAGAGAGAGACAACGUCUUCAACGCCUACCUGAACUUCGCCAAUAACAUGGACAAUGACCCCUACAGCCAGAAUAUUGUUGCACUGUACUACGACAAGACCGGCUUCAGCUUGAGGUCUAUCCUGACCAACGUCCAGGCCAACAUGGACGCGCCUGCUUUCGACGACUACUAUGCGAUCCCCAACAUCUCCAGCACCGUCCGCGUUGGUACUGUUGCCGAGCUCGUCCCUGAAUUCACUGGCCCCACUCCCUUGGGCCUGUACGCAAACUGGAUGGUUGGCCAGACCACCAACGACUUUCGUAUCAUGGACUUCAUCGAUACUAAGCUGAAGGAAUACUCAGCCAAGAUGAAGGAAGCCGCGCCCGAGUCCGACUUCAACGUCCUUGUCCAGUUCCAGCCUGUUACCCAAUCCAUCGUCAAGCAUGGCCUCGAUAAUGGCGGAAACUCACUCGGCCUGGAGAGCGUUGUUGCCGAUGGUCCUACUAUCAUGUGGCUCAUUGCUUUAACUGUCGAUACCCCUGCAAACCAGAAGUUGAUCCUCCCUUUUGCUCUGGAGUUCCGUGCCGCCAUCAACGAGUACGCUAAGGAGAUCAAGGCGUACAAGGAAUGGAAGUACCUCAACUACGCAUGGAAGGACCAAGACCCGCUUUCGACCCACGGCGAAGAGACCAUCGAUUUCCUCAAGUCCGUCUCAGAGGAGUACGACCCCGAGCACGUCUUCCAGAACCUUCGCAAGACCGGCUUCAAGCUUCCGGCCUAAGAGCCUUUUCGACCUUGGAACUCUGAAGAUUGAUUUCCACGAGGGCAAUAGAAAACAUUUCGCGUAAACUACAGCACGUACAGGUCUCGAAGAGCUGCAAAUAUGGA